UUUUUAUCAGCUGGGAAACAGAGAACGCGAUACUGCAACCAAACGCAUUGCAUUUGCCGAGGCCAAGCCGGUGAAACCACCAUAUUUGGAAGAACGCGGUGAGAUAAAUCGCAGUCAAAAAGUCCUGAGAAUUCUUGAGCUGAGAAUUUCGAAAGCCGAGAAGGGUAUCUUCCUCUUUUCUUGGAAUUGCUGAUGGAACUGUGUUAGCUUGCUGCCACAAGCAAGAACAAAAGAGAGAUAAUGAAGGGUCCGGUGCUUCGUAGACCUUUAAUUUCGGGAGUGAAGCUUCCCUUGUUAGUUGGUGUGGACUCGUUGCCUUGCACUGCGACGUCGCCCACAGUUCAAACCUCGUAUUCUCCUAGAUGGAGAGGAUUAUCAAGAAGGAAACAAACAUGCAGCACAUUCCAAGCGCAAGCAUCCAAUGUGAGUAUUGGAUCGGGGGGGUACGAAGGUAGGGAUGAAAAUGAAAAUCAGAAUGCCUUGGGAGAGAAUCCACCUGGAAGCAGUUCAUCAACAAUCAAGAAGAUACCUGGCCAAAUUCCUUAUCCUCUCUCUGUUGCUUUGGUUCUCUUUGGAUGCACUUUGGUAUUUUCAUUAAUUGCGUUUGUCAAGGGUGGACCUUCAUCACUAUUAGCUGCGAUCGCAAAGUCAGGCUUCACAGCUGCAUUCGCAUUAAUAUUUGUUUCUGAGAUCGGGGAUAAGACAUUCUUCAUUGCUGCACUAUUGGCCAUGCAAUACAAAAAGGGACUGGUUCUUUUAGGAUCAAUGGGUGCUCUUUCAUUAAUGACAAUCCUGUCUGUUGUGAGAAAGAUAUUUCAGUCAGUACCUGCUCAGUUCCAGACUGCCUUACCAAUUGGGGAAUAUGCUGCUGUGACUUUGCUUAUAUUCUUUGGUCUCAAAUCAAUAAAAGAUGCAUGGGAUAUUCCGUCAAAUGUAGAUAAGAGUGGAGAGAAGAGCAGUCCUGAACUAGAUGAAUACGUCGAAGCUGAAGAGCUUGUAAAAGAAAAGGUCUCCAAACGGCUUUCAAAUCCUCUUGAGAUUGUCUGGAAGUCCUUCAGCCUCGUAUUCUUUGCUGAAUGGGGAGAUCGGUCAAUGCUUGCUACAAUAGCCCUCGGUGCAGCACAGUCCCCAUGGGGUGUUGCGAGUGGAGCUAUUGUUGGACACCUUGUGGCAACGUCUAUUGCGAUUCUUGGGGGUGCAUUUCUAGCCAACUACAUAUCUGAGAAGCUUGUUGGCUAUUUGGGUGGAGUGCUGUUUCUUGUUUUUGCAGUAGCGACAUUCUUUGGAGUUUUCUAGAGGUUUUCAGACUGCUGAAAGGGUGAGCUCAGAGCUCGUGAGGUGUAAUAUUGCUUGCAGAGCUUGGUAGAGGGACAAGAUCUAAAUAGGCUGGAAAUAAAGGUGCUGAAGAUCUAACAUAGGCCUUCGCUUGUUUUCAUGUGUAUCCACAACUGCAAACGAGCUUGACUUGAAGCAUGUAAAAUGAGGGUUAUUUGCUGAAAACUUUGUCUAGGCCCAGAUGCAUUUUUCUUA